AUGCCAACUGCGGAGCUUUUGGGAGUCGAAUUCGACAUGCAGCUGCUGUUGAGAGUGAGUCUCUCUGUGGCCGCGGUGGUGCUGUUGUCAUGGGCGUACAGGUUCUACAGCUCCAGGGAAGCGCAGGAAAUCCAGCCCUGCGUCGAAUACAACGAGGAGCCGGAUAAUGCCACCUGCCAAAACUGCAAGACGACGCUACAUUGUCAAAGCUCGCCGGAAGAUGACACCGGUGAUGGGGGACAGCGACCUGGACCCUCGGACCCAGAUUCAGCAGCUGAUGACCUGACACCAGCGGAGGCUCCUCCGUGCCAAGCUGAAAAGAAGGCGGAUGCUGAGAGUGGGAUGGCCAGUGCAACGGGGCGCCGCUCCCCUUGCUUCAUACGGAAGCUGGAGGGCAGUGUGGGUGUGGGCAGGGAGUUAAGGCAGGACUUGGAGCGCCAGGGGGCCUACUCCAGCUUCCUCUCCAAGGCGGAGAUCAAAGUGGAGGAUGCGAACGUUGUGCUGGAGGGAACGGGAGACCAGAUUGUGCGCGGAAAGAUAUAUGAUUACUACGUCGAGUCUUCCUCUCACUCUGUAACAGACUCCAACGCCGCUCUGGGUCCGUACGAGAGGAGCUCUGAGUCGCACUCCGUGGAGCCUGGAGGUCGUGGCAGCAGCCUCAAAGAAUCCCCAUCCUCCCUGAGCCCCAUCAUCAUGCGUGAUCUGGUUUUACCACAAAGCAGUGCCGAGGAUCCGUCUUUGCCGAGAAGUCUCAAACUGAGGCACACCGCAAGGCCUCUUAUCCUACACAAGGAGAGCUAUCUGUCUGCAGCAGAGCAGCCUGAGCUCUCCAUCCCCUCUCUAAAUACACAAGUCUCAACUCCAGAGACUCACUCUGUGGCUCCAACCAGCAAUGAGUCCAUCUCUCACUCGACAUACAACAAAGGCCUUAGUGUGAGAGAGGGGGGAGAUGUAGAGACUGUGGAAGCAUUUCUACACCCUCCAGCAGAAGCUCUCGACGGCACAGAUUUGCAAAGCUUCAAGAGUAAACUUGAUCUGGGUAACUGUUUGGAGACGCUGUGUCUGGCCAAGAAACACGGCCAUACCUCUGUGCAGGAAGCAGCCCUGGGAGUCAUGUCGGACAACUACCUCCAGGUGCUCCGGGACCCCAACCUUUAUGGGCGGUUAAUGGCCGGCGAGCGGGAGCACAUCCAGAAGCAGAGGAUGAGAGGGAGGCGCUUUGUCAUGGUGGCAGAUAUGGACCCUCAAGACUGGGCGAGGAACACCGGAGAGCCGGGGACGGAGCAGAGGAGGACGUCCAGCGCGGUGUACUGUUACGAUGACUUCAAAGACGCCUGGCACACACUCUGCCUGAUCCCACAGGAGGUCAUCUCCAAAGCCUGCGCCAUGUGCACAAUGGAUAACUACUUGUUUGUGGCGGUGGGCUGCCAAGGCGCGGAGAGAGAAACGACACCCUCAAAGCGAGUGUUUUGCUACAAUCCUUUGACAUCCAUUUGGAAGGAGAUCAGUCCCAUGAACGAAGCCAGGCCCCGCUGCAAACUAGCAGCACUGCAGGGCUACAUCUACGCCAUCGGAGGCGAGUGCCUCUCCUCGGUGGAGCGCUACGACCCGCGAUUGGACAGAUGGACCUUCGUGGCUCCGCUGCCCAACGACACGUUCGCCGUGGCGCACCACGUCACGGUGAGCAGCGGGGAGCUCUUUGUCUCCGGGGGCACUCUCAGAUACAUGCUGCUGCGCUACAGCCCCAAGACCAACAGCUGGAGGCAGAGUCUGUUGGUCGGCAGCAAAGACAGAACUGCAGAUAUGGUCGCCGUGGGGAGGUUGCUGUAUCGGUUCGACGUGAACCCGCUGCUGGGCGUCAGCGUGUACCGGUACCACACGAUGGCUCGGCUGUGGUACGAGUGCAGCUCCAAGCGGCUCCGCCACUGCCCCGCCUUCCGCUGUGUCAUGUUGGACGGCACGAUCUAUUGUGUCGGCCGGCAGUUCACCAUGAGGUUCCAGGCGGAUGAGAUCUCUGUGGGUUUCAGAGAGGAGAAUAUGAGUGUCCUCAAUGCCGCGAAGGGCAUGCUUUUCCCUUUCGUCCUUUCACUCCCCGAUAAGAAGCCUCGACAGACCAGUGUGUGA